AUUUGAUUAAUUAAUUAGGUAAAUCAGUCUUAGCAUAUUUAGAGGGCAGUAUUUUCAGUUUGUGAUCUUUCAGGAGUUCAACAUUACUUUCACUCUCCUUUUAAAGCAGAAAUUAUAGUCAGAAAUGAGCUUUUCAAUUUGCAGCUGACAGUUUAGGGUUAAGAUAUGAUUCCAGGUAACAGAAGCCAAUGAGAGUACACCCAGUUGAUGUUUGUGACAUCAUCUUCCAGUCGGAGUAUAUAGAACAGCUGAGGUAGCGUUCAGUUUCAGCACAGUGCCAUUAUGAUGGAUGUUUACAUCUCUUCAUUGAGAGCCAAUUAUCUUGCUUUUGUGUGAGGCCCAAGGAUCACUCAUGCUGCCAGGCUGCACAGAGCACUGUUGGAUUAGCUGAACGAAUUGUUUUCUCUAUCUCUGAGCAAAACUGGGGGACUAAUACAGUGUUCAUUCUAUCAGAGUGCAGACAAAUCCUGUAAAUGUGAGAAUUCUCUUGAUUCCUGCUCCUCCCCAAAAGAGACAUUGUUGUCGAAGAAACACAAAGAUUUGUUGAACAUUGCACCUGCAAGCCGGUGAUUGCCCCAAGCCUAGAAGCAGAUGCCAAGGAGUCAGGCAAUCAAACUGAAGAGGAGAAUGAAAAAGAACCGAGGCUGAAAGAGAGAAUGAAGGGUAUCAACGGUUUCUACACAGCACAGAUUAUGACAGCUUCUUUCUUAAGACCAUAACUUCCUUCCUAAUCAAUAAAGUAAUUUAUACCAUGGAGGAAUGAAAAGAACAGUGAGACCAAAGACUGUCAUUUGGAGCACUGACUCAGGAGUCAAAAUCACCAAUGGCUCAUCCAUCAAUCAAUCGGAAGUGAAGACAAAAGCUUCAAAGAAGAGAAUGUUUAAAUUUCAUCAAAUGAAACAUAUUUUUGAAAUACUUGAUAAAAUGAGAUGCCUGCGAAAACGUUCUACAGUGUCAUUCUUGGGAGUUCUUGUUAUUUUUCUCCUAUUUAUGAACUUGUACAUUGAAGAUAGCUAUGUUCUGGAAGGAGACAAACAACUUAUAAGGGAAACAUCCACACAUCAACUGAAUUCAGAACGCUAUGUUCAUACUUUCAAGGAUUUAUCAAAUUUCUCAGGAGCCAUAAAUGUCACCUAUCGCUACUUAGCUGCCACACCUUUACAAAGAAAGCGUUAUCUUACAAUUGGACUUUCUUCAGUAAAGCGAAAAAAAGGAAAUUAUUUACUUGAGACAAUUAAGUCCAUUUUUGAGCAAUCCAGCUAUGAAGAGCUGAAGGAAAUUUCAGUGGUGGUUCACCUAGCAGACUUUAAUUCUUCCUGGCGUGAUGCCGUGGUCCAGGAUAUUACACAGAAAUUUGCACACCAUAUUAUUGCAGGAAGAUUAAUGGUUAUACAUGCUCCAGAGGAAUAUUACCCAAUCCUGGAUGGCCUUAAAAGAAAUUACAAUGAUCCAGAAGAUAGAGUCAAAUUUCGUUCCAAGCAAAAUGUAGAUUAUGCAUUUCUGCUUAAUUUUUGUGCCAAUACUUCAGACUAUUAUGUAAUGCUUGAAGACGAUGUUCGAUGUUCAAAAAACUUCUUAACUGCCAUCAAGAAAGUCAUUGCAUCCCUAGAAGGAACUUACUGGGUAACUCUUGAAUUCUCUAAGCUUGGCUACAUUGGUAAACUCUAUCAUUCUCAUGACCUCCCACGUUUGGCACAUUUUUUAUUAAUGUUUUAUCAAGAAAUGCCUUGUGAUUGGCUAUUGACUCAUUUCCGGGGCCUGUUGGCUCAGAAAAAUGUGAUCCGUUUUAAACCAUCUCUCUUUCAGCACAUGGGCUAUUAUUCGUCAUACAAAGGGACGGAGAAUAAGCUGAAGGAUGAUGAUUUUGAAGAGGAGUCAUUUGACAUUCCUGAUAACCCCCCUGCAAGUCUGUACACCAAUAUGAAUGUGUUUGAAAAUUAUGAAGCAAGCAAGGCUUACAGUAGUGUUGACGAGUACUUUUGGGGAAAACCACCUUCAACAGGAGAUGUCUUUGUGAUUGUAUUUGAAAAUCCAAUUAUAAUUAAAAAAAUUAAAGUAAAUACUGGAACAGAAGAUCGGCAAAAUGAUAUUUUGCACCACGGAGCCCUAGAUGUUGGGGAAAAUGUUUUGCCUAGCAAACAAAGGAGACAGUGUUCUACUUACUUAAGACUAGGAGAAUUCAAAAAUGGAAACUUUGAAAUGUCAGGUGUGAAUCAAAAAAUUCCAUUUGAUAUACAUUGUAUGAGGAUAUAUGUCACCAAAACACAAAAGGAAUGGCUAAUUAUUAGGAGUAUCAGCAUUUGGACUUCUUAGCCAAUUAAAUCAGUAUGUUCGGUUUCUGAAGCAGGUCUUCCUGUUUCCUCUUUUGCUACCUUUGUCUUUUGGAGGGAAAGCAAUGAAUGGGAUAUGUUAAAAGAAACAUUAAUUACAUUGGCAGUUUUCAUUUAUACAUUGUUGACAUAAUUUUACUUUUAAUACACACUUGUAUUUAUUUUAAGUUCUGAACUUGAAUAUCAGUCUAUAGCUAAUGCUACUUUUAUUUAUUUUUUUAAUGUUCUUCGUUUUAAACUUUCAAUUGAUUGUCAAAAGGGUAAUAUGAAAGAUUUUAAAUGAAAAAAAUUUGUUGGAUGGUGAUUUUUGAAAAAUUGUCACCAAUUGUAUAUACUUUCUCAAGAACUGAUAACUCAUUAUAUUAUCAGAUAACUUUUAUUACGCAUCUGUGGGAAUAUGCAGUUGGGAUUAUUUUUUAUAUCAACUUAAGUUUCCAUUGACUUCUAUAUAUCUACAAUGAAUACCUCCUCAUAGAAGUGGUGUCUUUACAACAGAAUUUUUUGUGUAGGUGAGACUAUGAAAAAAGAAAAAAAAAACUUAAAAAUAUCUCUCCCCUGAUUAUUUAUAUGAAAGGGGACAUUGUUCAUUGUUUAAAAACAUUUAAUUGAGCACCUAUUGUUAAUACGUUUUCUGAGGGAAGCAGUCUUUUUCUAGUUUCCCUUUUGCAAAAAAAAAAAAAAAAUAGUUAAGCUCAAUAUUUUCAGGUUACACUGAAUACCCACAUUUAAUAGAAUAAAUUAGGUAAGGCCUAGAGUAGUUAGCUCAUUCGUACAGACAUUUUCAGUAUAUGCAGAAAAUUUUUUGAAAUUGAUUUUAUACAUUUUAUAUUAAAAUCCAUGUGAUUGAAAGUAUUGUGAUUUAUCAUAUACUUUUUGGAAUUUAAAUGGGUAGAUUAUAAAGGAAAAAAGUAAGAACCAUAGAAAUUAGUUGACUUUUCUAGAAUUAAAGAGCUGUUUCCUACCAAGGCCAGAAUGAGAGAUCUGGUAUUCUGAUAACCAGACGAUGCUCUUCUUCAGAUGAUUUCUCCUGACACAAUUUAUGUCUUCUGUGUUCUAUUUGCUACAUGAGUCUCAGAGAAUAAGUUAUGCCAUCUGGGAAUAGCUGGUCCAACUCUUGCAUAAAUAAUAUAUCCUAAAUAAUGUUCUAAAUGCUGCUUUUUUGGUAUAUGCCUCAAAAUAGUAAGCACACUUGACUAAACUUUUCCUAAUAGGGAUUGGAGAGUGUGACUUUACAACGUGUCCAUUAAAGUAAUUCAGGACACCUUAGUGUGUCCUAAAGACAGUGGUUUUCAGAAUGUCCUGAGCUUCUCUCAUCCUUUUAGUUUUUUAAUGAACAGCAAAAACUAAGGGACUUAUUAUAAAGGGAAAUGGAGGGUGCUUCAUAUAUGUUUAAGAAACUCAAGUAUGUGUUGAUAUAGAUGACUGUGCGUGUAUGUGUGUGUGUGUGUGUGUGUGUGCUUGUGAAGGCUAGACUCCUGAUAGUAAGAUAGAAUGAGGAAAUCUUCCUGCUCUUCCUUUCCAUCCUGAAACACAAUCCUUAAGAUUUACUGGUAUGCUCUGGUCCAAACAACAUUAAGAUAUUUUUAUUUUAUUCAUUCUCAGCAAAUAAAUGAGAAACUCAGAUAAAAAUUGGAAAACAUUUUCUUUCAUUCAUACAACAGCUAUUUUGUAUUUUCUUUAUAUCCAGUUACUAAAGUGUUAGGGGGAAAAUGAAUCUCUCAUAAAAUGCUAAUAUUUUGUGGGAUAUCUAAGUCUUAAAGUCAUAGGAAAAUGUGAACACUGCCACUAAACUAUUAUCUUUAUCGUGAUUUAGAGGAUACUUGCCAGAUACCUAAAAAUGUUCUAUUUUCUUUAUUUUUCUCAUCUUUUAUUAACUGGCUAGUUGAUGCUAUUGUGUGUAUAUCUCAGCAGUUACAAACGGUAUUUUCUUCACUGUCAAUGACAAAAGGUACAUAAUUGUAUGCCAAAGACAUAUAAUAUCAAGAGCUAGGCAUGCUCCAUAAAAUGAAUUGUAACUUUUACAUAUUCUACUGGGAGUGGCUUUCUAAAGAUCAGCUAUUGGUGUCUAUCAACGUCUUUAAAAUGUUUCAAGAAAGAUUGCUGAGCAUAGUAGUGAAGCUGGAUGUUUGCUAGGAAAUCGUGAAAGCAAAUGUGACCCACAGAGGUCGUUUCACAUUUUAUCUUAAUAUCCUCUCCUUACUAACCUAUGUUUGGGUAAGUUGAUCAGUCAUCCACAGAUGCCUCUAUGCUUUCUUUACAGGUUCACAUUGGGUCAAUUUUAUAAGGAAAAGCCCUUUACAAAUAAAGCUUCUUCAUUAAGGGUCAACAGGGAAAAAUAUUCUCUUUCAAAAGAAAAUCUGAACAAUUUUUUUACAUGGCCAAAUGUUCUAUUUCCUAUAUUUAGAAACUUUGAAUAAGGUUCUAGUAAUCUUGUCCCAGAGGCAUAGAAACAAAAGUACAGUUAUUAGGUUUAACUACACUCAAUCUAUUUUCUAUUUUUAAAUAUUUUUGCUGUAAGUGUAUAUAUAUAAUUUUUUGUUAAAAAUAACCAUUGAAAAGGACUGGUAUGAGACAUGAAUAGUUGAGUCAUUUAAUUGCCAUGCAAAUAAAAUGUUGACAGAUUUUAAACAAAAAAUAUAGUAUGUACCUUAAACAAUGCCUCAGAUUUGUAUAAUUUAAGCUAACUAAAAACCUUACUUAUGCUUAAAAUUAUCCUUAAGGGAGCCUUUUCAGCAUUUAUGGACAUCAAAGAAAAGUGUCUUGGAAAAAGCACAAUGAAAUUUAGAAAAUACACAUUUAUGGAAAAUACACAUUUUAGUAGCAAUCACAAGUGUAGAUUUAAAAGCAUAGAUAAAGUAUGUUAAUGCAAGCACUUUUUCAUUCCCAUUGAAAACUAUGACCUCGUGCUGUUUGUAAAGUAGAUAUUUUCCACGUACAAAAAUAUAAUUUGGAAACCACUGUAUCAUUUAGAUCUAUUUCUUUCAUAUACCUACACUACGAGUUGUGAACAUUCCAUUUCUUAAUGGACCAAUAUUUUCUGGGAAUUUUUAUAAUGCUAUCAUAGAAAAACCAUUCUGUAUAAUAAUGGCAUAUAAAUGAAACAAACAUUUACAAACUAUAUGAUGUGUUAGGGAAAACACCUACAUUUUUAGAUACUCAAAUAGCACACUUCAUGUCAAUAUUUCCCAGUUUGUCAACAAGUUUAUGGCAAAGAACACGAUACCCAGGAUUAACACUGAAAACACUACACCCAAAGCCAUCUAACAACUGAUGAAGACUGUGUAAUACUCUUCCUUUGCCUUGACAACACAUCCAUUGAUACAUUAAUGGUACCAUACUAUUGAGUAACAGAGCUCACACUUAAACUUCAUAAUAUUUAUUAUGUGAUCUAAUGAUAAAAUGAUUUACCAUUCUGUACAAUUUCAACUGAUUUCUGGGGCUUUCUUUUAAUAUUUAAUACGAAUUUUAGGAUAAUUCUAUUCUGUUUCUUUUGACUUGUGAUCCCACACUUUCCAGAUCUUGCUUAUUUCAUUCCAUGUCUUAUUAUACCUUCCCAGCACUAUGUUCAAACAAAUUUAAUGUGCUUCUUCAUGGAAGACAAAGCAGAAAUUGCAUGCAGACUUGAGUUAGAAACCUAAUUCUGUAUUACCAGUGUCCAGAUGUGAGGAAAUUUACUUAGCCUUCUUGAAACUCAGUUUCUACAUCUGUGAAUAGGAAUAAUUUUACCUAGUAGCAUUUAAAGGUGGCAAUUUUACCUUGUAGCUCCUUGUAGAGCUGGAAUUGAGAUAACAUAAACUAGGCAUAUAAUAAAUAUUUUUUUCCUUUUUAUCCAUUUCAUGUAUAUGUAACAGGAUAUAACCCUGGAAAACAUUACCAGAGGCCUUCUUCCUAAUCAAAAACAAUUAUAAAAUUUACUGCCCAUUAAAAAUGUUAUUCAGCCUACCUUUUUGUAUUUUAUAAUUCCAAUGUCAUGUGGAAUUAUAUAAACAUUUUCCUAAAAUGAACAUAGAUUCCUGUCAUUCCAAUUUAUUCCUCUAGAAACUUUAUCAAAAAUAUCAAAAUGCCCCUAGUGCUCUCAUCACAAAUAAUAAUAUUCAUUUCUGUUUCAAGAAACCUCAACACAUUUACGUUGAAACAAAUAUGAAGUCAUUUUAUAAUUUAUAAGAUUUUGUACAUAUCUACCUUAAGCUCAGAGAUGCAGUCUUCAGAAUCUUUUUACUUUUCUUUUUUUUUAAUGUCAAGGUCUGGUUUUCUAGCAUCUUUUCUAUCACUGGCAAAAGUUAUCAAUGCACUGACCUAUAAAUUACGUGGACAAUGAUCUUUGAAACAGGUAGCUUAUCUCCUGGUCUACUUUGAGUUUCAAUGUUGAGUUUUCCACUGCUUUGAAUUUCUUUGUUCAGUUUGGGGUUAUUCUUUUUAGGAAGGAAAAGGUCAUAAGAAAAUUCAAUGAGAUUAGUUCUUGCCAUUUAUUUCUUGUUUGCUUUUAAACAUUUUUUCAUUUAUCCCAAACAGAGGAUACAUAUUUUAUUAUAUUUUUUACAUGCUUUGAAAUGAUUUCAUCAUUGUAUAUGUGCAUGUGGAUCUACAUAUGGUUAAAUCUCUCAAUCUAUGUGUAUGUAUAUGUGUGUAUAUAUGUAUGUAUACUUGAAUAUGUGUGUGUAUAUGUGUGUACAUAUAUACACUUAUGUAUUUGUAUAUGUGCUGUGUGUGUCUGUGUAUGAGAAAGAGAGAGAAAGACAGAGGGAGAUACAUCAUUUGCAUUAUUUUUUAGCCUUUACACCUCCACUUAUUCUUGGAUUUUCCUGACACAUUGUCCUCUUGUUUGUGUCCCUCUUCUGAACUUGCUUUGGCUUUCAUGUUCUCACACACAUAUUUUAAACAUGACAUACUCUGAAAAUCAUAACACAUUAGAGAUUUUUGUGCAUCCUUUUAGAUACUUUAAAUUUCUUAAAAGUUUACUAGAGGAGGCCAUCUCAAAAAAGAAUUUGUCUUUAAGAAUUUCAUGUUUCGAAUUUUUAUUUGAAUGCUUUAAAGUUUAAAGAUCAAAAUAUGAGUUGCAAAGUAUUCUUUUUCUAAACUAGAAAAGUAUUAAGAUAUCAAGAUUACACUUUCCUAGAAUUCUAGUCCCUUCCACCUCAUUAAUCUGUUUCUCAUGUUUACUCCAAGUCUGGGGUAGAAUUUACUUCAGUAAUUUCAAUAUUUUCUGAGAUGUUUAAUGUCCCAUUUUUAACGUUGAAAUUGAAAUGUAUAUUUGAGACCAUUUGCCACAUAACUGGAUCUGAAUAUCUUUUCUAAAAAACAUGGAGUUGAGAACAGUGUGGUUUUUGAUUUGACUCUUGUUUCAGCUUUCAUUUCAUUCUGUCUAGAUGCUAUCUUGGAAGAUUUACCCAAAUGUUAAAUUGUUUAUGUGAGAAAGUGAUAUGUAAACUGUAUAUGCCCAGAGAAGUACAAUUACAUUAAGAGUAUAUUAAGAUCAAAUUUUCAUAUUAUAUUGGAUUAAAAAGUACCCUAAAUAGCCACUCCUUUAAAGUAGGUGAGCCAAAGACAUAAUAAAAUAUUCAAUAUUUUUCUAUGAAAUUAAAAUUUCCAUGAGAUGCACACACACAUUAAAUUUGAUAUGAAGAAAUUGUUGCAAGAGUUAAUGGUGAACAACAACAGUGAAUUACCAAGACUCAGAAGCUUACUCUAUAAUUUCAAUGUACUGUAUGUUACUCCAGCUUUAACCACAAUAAUUGGCAUAACCUAUAAUCAUUCCGCCCAACUACAAGUAAUUACAGUUUUGAUGUAUAAAAAUUGCCAAAAUCAAUGCAUAAAUAAAGCAAUAGAGGCUGAAAGCAUUCAUAAUUGAAAGCUAACUAUUGUAAAACUAUUUUAAAUAUUUAAUUUAUAGUGCACUCAAAGUUCUGGAAGAGAUAUAGGGAUAUGUCUCUUCCAUUCUUUCCCUCACUUUACUACAUAUCAUUAAGGUACCUAAUCCACAGCACAGAGAUAUGUGGCAGUUCCAUUUUCAAUCAACAAAGCUGUAACUCUAUUAGAAACUAGACAUGUAAAAAAUACUUUUAUUGUAACUUCAUCUGAGUUUUCUCAUGGAAUAAUAUAUGAUCAUUUUUCUCUAUAGUAUGUUCUCAACUGGAAAAUGUUUAAAGUAGUACAAUCUCAUUUUUCCCCAUAAAAUACCCCACAUUUGUUUAACUAUUUGAUAUAGUCCUAUUUUUUCCAUCUUUAAUAAUGGAUAAGAUUUUCCCUACUUUUAUUUUCUGCCACACUUACACUUUGUUAUUCCACAUUGUUUACUUACUUCAUCAAUGAGUGAAAGCAUAGUUCCCACAAGUUAGAAUAAUUAUCUCAGAUCCUUUAUCAUAAUUGUCCAUCCUUUAAUCCGGUUUUCAAUACAAGUAACACUUGCAGUCUUACAGUUGUGUGUUUUUUGUCACAAAAGGACCACAUUACAUGAUAUCAGUAGUUGUCAGGAGUUAUUCACUACUGUUAGAAAAUAAACUCAGCAAUAGAAACUAUACCCCACACUUCAACAAUUAAUACUGUUGAAUGAUAUUGAAGUAUUAUAUCUUUAGUUUUAAUAAUGAAGCAAUAUAUUAAAAAUAAUUAAACCUCCAAAACAGUAUUUUUAUUUUUAGAAAUCAGUCUCAAUUUUCAAAAGGGCACUUGAUAUCUGCCAAUAAAAUGAACAGUUUUUCACUAAAGAAAAAUAUCUGUAAGUUUAGCUCUGUGUAGAAGUACAUAAUAAAUAAGUUUUCAGUUUUGAAAAAAAGUUAAAAUCCUCAUAAUACAGUUUUAACUUCUCGUCUUAACAUUUCUUAAGCUCUGAAACAUAAGUAACUAGUAACAUUUUUUUUUAUUGCAUGUCUUAUCUUUACCAACCAUAAUUUGGUAAACAAUCAUGAUCCAAAUCACUUACAAGAAGCAAUUAUUUUUGGAAAAACAUUUAGAAAAUUUGUCACAAAUUGUCAAGAAGAUUUUCAAGACAUAUAUAUGAACUGUCUGUAAUUUAAUGGUUGGGGAUAUUUUCAGUUAAAUCCAUAAACCAAUGUACAUAUUAUCCCCUCUAACUUCCUGCUGAGUUACUGUAGUCAAUCAUAAAUAUUGUCAAAGUAGAAAAGACAUACUCACCCAGAAUAUUCCCAACAACCUAUCUCUCAUUCAAUUCCUACUAUUGACAAAGUAUUAUUUUCAAUUAUUGUGGUAAGGAGGCCUUGCUGAGCAUCCAGAUGUAUAAAAAUAACAACAGGGGAAAUGUUACAAACAUGAGGUAAAAGGAUGCAGAGGAAAAGUUGUACUUCAUGAUGUUGCCUAAAGCAAGUUCUUUCCUGUCAGCAUUGCAAAUUACCAUGGCUAGACUUGCUUGUAUUCAAGCAAAUCAAAAUUUGACUCCCUGAGAGUGUCAAAAGACAAUUUCAGUACAUAUCUAGUGUUUUUACUUACUUGAACAAACAGGUCAAGUUUAUUCUUAAUGAAGUUAAAAUUGCAAGUUAAACCUGAAGCUCUUUUUUUGCCAUUUUAUUAAAUGGAUAAACACUUUUCUGCCAUGGGAUGAACUACAAUGAGGUGUUUGAAUUGAUUUGGACAAUUAUGAGUCAUGUGUUUCCUAUAAAAGUGAUACAAAAUGUAAGUGUCCUUCAAGUUAAAGCAAUCUAAACUGAUCAUCUUUGAAACAUUAUUAACAUAUUUUAUAAUAUUUGUUUCCUAGCAAAUUUUUCAGCUGUCCAAACUAAUUUAGCUAAAGCUAUGUAUUAUCCAUCAGCAUAUCAUCAAAUAAAUAGAUGCUCAAUAGUGUUGAUCUGAUGCACUACUAAAAUUAGUUACCAUAAAAAUUACUUUCCUUUUUAAGAAGAAAGUGACAUUUGUUUAAUUAUUUUGAUAUUUUGUUCUUAUGAAUAUAGGUAUUAUAUGAACGUUAAUUUUGUUAUGAAUAAUUAAAUUUAUUAUAAAUACACUAAUUUUUCAACAUUCUUGAUUUUCAUCAGUAAAUUGAAUAACCAUUGUUGCAAUGAAAUUUAUACAUUUCUCUCAUAAUAAGAAAUUUUACAUGGUACGAUUUCACUUAACACAAACAAUAGUACUCAUGCCACUUUUACAUUUUAUUUUAACUUUAAUCUCAUUAUUUAUGUGAUUAAGUUUGCAAUUUUAGCCACCCAUUGGUUAGGAGCAAUAGAGAUAAACAUUAUAUAAGUAGGAAAACACAUUUUUAGUUAGUUAAGAAACAAGUUGUACAUACAUACUACAUCAACAUUUCAGAUUAGUGAAUUUAUUAUCUUGCUGAAUAAACUUAAAUAAAAACAUCAGUUAUUUUUCUUUCUCUCUCUCUCUCUCUCUCUCUUUUUUUUUUUUUUUUUUUUUUUUUGAGACAGAGUUUCGCUCUUGUUACCCAGGCUGGAGUGCAAUGGCGCAAUCUCGGCUCACCGCAAUCUCCGCCUCCUGGGUUCAGACAAUUCUCCAUCCCUCAGCCUCCCUAGUAGCUGGGAUUACAGGCAUGCGCCACCAUGCCCAGCUAAUUUUUUGUAUUUUUAGUAGAGACGUGGUUUCACCAUGUUGACCAAGAUGGUCUCGAUCUGUUGACCUCGUGAUGCACCUGCCUCGGCCUCCCAAAGUGCUGGGAUUACAGGCUUGAGCCACCGCGCCCGGCAGUUAUUUUUCUUUGAAUUCUUUAAGGUUCCUCCAUUUGAUUUCAAAGCAAAAUGACAUCUGGAUUGUAAAAGCACUGUGAAUUUGUAAUAAUCUAAUCACAGUAAAUUCAAUUAGUACUUUACUAAAUUUCUUAUAGUAUACUCAAGACAAAUAAUUUAUUGAAAUAAAUAUGCUUAGGAUGGUAGUUAUUUUAAUGCAGAGUUAAAAAUUACAAGACAUAGAAGAGUUAUAGCUAGAUAACACAAAACACUCCCAAGUUUUAAGGUAGCCUAAGGAGAUUUAUAAGUCAUGUGCCUACCUUCACAAUCAAUUCAACAGCUUUUACCGACUUGACACAAUAAUUUAGGGUAUAUUUCCAGACCACAAGAUAAAACUAAAUUUUGGCAAUUUUUACCAGAUGAUUCAAAAUUUAUCAUUUGAUUCGUUUCUUAUUAAAACUGCCUGUAAAUCUACUAGAAUAAAUAAGAAUAUAAAUAAUUAGAUAUUUGUUAUAUAAACAAAAUUUAUGGAAAAAUGACAAUUUCAUCUGAUUUAAUCAAUUUGUGUGACAGUAAAGAUAUUUAGUUCCAUUUGACAAUUAAUCUUUAUGAAUUAAUUAAUUUUUAUAAAUUUCCUUAGGAAUUAUGUAGUUAAAUUAUAUUAGUAUUCCAUAUUUAUUGAAGGGUAAAGGUCACAGAGUGGGAAUAAAUUAUUUAGGUCUGGAGAAAAAGCAUCUGGGGCAACAAAAAAGGAAACAAAUAUAACAAAUGCCUUCUAAUUUACAGAUUACUUAAUGUAGGCUUAGCACCAAGAAUAAUGCUUACUAUGUAAAUAUGUUCCGUGCAACUAUGAGACACUGUGUGAAGAUUUCAUGUUCAUUAUCUAAUAGAUUAAACAACUAUAUAAGGUAAGGGCUAAUAGAAAAGCGAAAAAGCAUAUGAAAAAUAGGGUUUUACUAACUUGUCUAAAGUCACAUGACUAAUAAAUGAAAGCGAGAUGACUGGAUUUCAAGUUUGUGUAAUUCAAAAUCUAUGCUCCUUAUCACUAUUACACAUUGCCUCCUAACUAUAAUAAUUUAUUGAAAACCCAUUUAUCUAUGAUGAGAUUUUCAGAAGAUAUGACUAUAUUAAAAUAACACUAAAAAGCUGAAAAAUGAAUUUAAAUAAUUAGUAGUUUCUUCCUGUAAAAUAUUUUUUCUCUUGAAACAUUUCUUAAACUUGAACAUCUAAAACACUUGCUUCUGUAAUUUCACCAAAACACAACUUAAUUUCUGUUAUUCCAAUAGAAAAUAAAAACUCAUGGGCUCUGGACAUACUGAAAGAUUCCAAAAAUUGUAAGUUUGAAUUAAUCACAUAAAAUUUUUUAAAUUUCAGCUCUUAUUUUGGAUGUUGGAAAACAUCGGUAAGUCCCAAAGUUGCAUUUAUUGACAUAACUUACAUGUAUGGGUAUUUAAUAUGUAUUUGGUAAUCUCCUAAUCGGUACUUCCAUUACCCAUUAAAGUAAUGAUUAUAACAAGUCAUUUUAUAAUAAUCACCCAUAAGAUUUAUUGAAAAUGUGUGUUUCAGACUUGAAUUCUUUCCUGUAAAUCUAGGAUAGAUUUAGAAAUUGGCCCUUUUAAUGUAUUUUAGUUAACACUGAUAUAGAUUGUCCAUUGACUCCUUUUAGAAACACUGCAUUAAAUCCUCACGUCUAUGAAGUAUUAAAAUAGAAAUGAAUAUUAUUAUUGCUACUUGGUGAUGAGGAAUCUCAAAGUUUAAGUGAUGCAUCAAAACUCUGACCUUGUUAGUGAACUCUUAAACCCAGUUCGUCUAAAUGUUGUUAUCCUCUGCUCACAUUUGUUUAGAUUACCAGUUUUUAAGUCCCGCUGUUCAUUAAUAUCUCUGGCAAAAUAUUUCACCUAUUCCUGAGCUCCAUGCCCAGAAUAAUCAUAAUUGUUCUGGAGUUUUCAGGCAUCCGCAUACUUUUAAAAUUCUUCCUGGCCGGGCGCGGUGGCUCAAGCCUGUAAUCCCAGCACUUUGGGAAGCCUAGGCGGGUGGAUCACGAGGUUAAGAGAUCAAGACGAUCCUGGUUAACAUGGUGAAACCCCGUCUCUAUUAAAAAUACAAAAAAAUUAGCUGGGCAUGGUGGCGCGUGCCUGUAAUCCCUGCUACUCAGGAGGCUGAGGCAGGAGAAUUGCCUGAACCCAGGAGGCGGAGGUUGCGGUGAGCCAAGAUCACGCCAUUGCACUCCAGCCUGGGUAACAGGAGCGAAACUCCGUCUCAAAAUAAAUAAAUAAAUAAAUAAAUAAAUAAAUGAAAUUCUUCCUAAGUGAUUUUAACGUGCAGACAGAUCUGAUAACCACGGAGCAACUGAAAAAGGCUGCACCACAGUAAAGUUCCUAAACUUCUCAUUUAUCCAGUUGGAAAGGUUAUAGAUUAGAAAGCAUGAUAAAAUUUGUAGAUUAUUCUGUGUUGUUUCCUGCCCUUUUUAGGUAUUUCAAUACUAUUAUUGCUGUACUGAAAAAUAAAAGUUCCAGGCAAGUUUUUUAUGGCUUUGUUGAGUUUGUAGAGAACAUGCUGCAUGCCUUCCUAUUGAAUCUGGGACUCUCAUUUUUAGAGAAAUACCUAAGUGAUCUGUUUUCCUGAGUCUUGACAUAUGGACCUUAUUAAUUAGAGACCACAAAUCCACUUUUAAUUACAUAAACUCUAAUGAUGCUACCCUUCAGAUGGUUAAAAUACAAGGAUAUAAACAGAUUGCCUUCAAUCCACUGCUGUUUAUAAGCUGAGCUACUUUCCUCUUUCCAAAAAAUUAAGUAAACAUAUUCAAGAAAGAAGGAGAAAAACUAUUAGUUUUCCACAGUGGACUUUUUUCAUAAAUGCUUCAAAUGUCAGCAUAUAUGUCUUGCCUAAUUUAGUCAUAGUCCAUAUGAUCCAAAUCCCCAAUUUACUUGUUUUUCUUUUUCCAAGAACUGGGUACUUUAAAAUAUAGUUGUCAAAUUUUCAAAUCUCAGAUAGCUGAAAUAGAACAAACACAAGACUUACUCUAAGUGUUUAAAAGGUUUCUGGUUAUUUGAUAUAGGCCUCAAUAUAUAUUUCUACAAAGGAAAUAAAGUAUUUACACAGAUAUCUAUAAAGUGUAUGAGACUUAAAAGAAAAGCAAUGAAUGUGAAUUGUGUAUGUAAAUAUACAUACACAAUUCACAUACACAUAUUCACACAUAGUUACAAGGAUUCCCCUAUAUCAAUUCCAAGUCAAAAUUUUCUUAGUUAUAUUUAACUAAAGAGAAACAUGACCAUUUAAUUAAAAUCACUUUUUAAAAAUCUAAUCAUCGAUUUUUUUGAGGUCAAUAAAUACAUUAUUUUAAUGCUCUGUCUUAUUCAAAAUAUUUUCUACACAGUGUCACUAGCUAAAAUGAGGCAUUUUUUCAUAAAUGGAAAAUACCCAAAAGUAAUCAUUUGAGAUCAGUUUCAUCUCGGACUCACAUGAUUUUCAGAUCUGAUCUGCAUAAAAUCAUAUUUUCUGGAAAACUCAUUUAUAUUACUUAUUUUCUCUGUGUAAACAUUGCAGAAAAUUGAAACUAAUAAGCUUGAAUUUAUGGGUUUUAUAUAUUUUAAAACAUAAUGUUUAGAGAUUUCUUAUAAUUAUUUGAUAGCUUCAAGAGAACCAGUUUUUUCCUUUAAACAUUCCAUUGAUUAAUUUUAAAAAAAUAACAUUUUUUUCCUUAGAUAAAACGAAACUUGUUCUUAGGCAAACAUCAUUUAUAUAAACCAAUUUAUAGUUGAAUACUCUCAAUUGAUAGAUUCUGACUUACUAGAUUUACCAGAUUUGUUCACAAUUUUACUACUAGUUGACAUCAAAGAGGAAAAGACAGAACAAUGUUAUUUCUUUAGGAUCUAAUACCUUUUUAAAUCAUCCUGCAAGUGUGUAAAUUCAAAAUAAAACCUAUAUUUUCAAAGAACUAAGAAUUUUUUAAAUGUUUUUGGUUAUGUAAUUAGAGUGCAUAGUGGAAUAAAACAGUCAGGUUUGAUAUUUUCACUGACAGAUGAUAAAAAGACAACUUUGAUUAAAUACACAAAUAUUUUUAUAAAACCUCCAAAGUUUCAAAGUAGAUUGAUGACGAGUAAUAAUUAAAUAGAGUGGCAUAGUUAUAUGCCAGCUUAAAAAAAGAGAGACUUGCAGCUUUAUCCACAACCUUAGCAGAAUAUAAGAAAGAAACUGUGUCCAAAUCAGAUAAAGGUAAAUGAGAAUAAGUUGUAGAAACUGACCUUCAAGUUAAUAAUUAAAUGAGAUGGUAUCAUUUUUUUCCAUCUUGUUAUUAUUGUUUAGAUCUUUAAUAAUGCAGAAAUUAGUAUUUUAUGAAUUAUUUUGGAUGCAAUUAUAGUGAAUAAAAACCAUAAUAUAAAAUGUAUCAUAAUAGAAAAUUAAUGCCUGACACUUCUAAUUACCUAACAUAACUUUUUAUGUAUUUUUUAAUGUUAUUUAUUUGCCAGCUAUUUUAGGAGUGUCCUCUGUAUCCUGGGCAUCUCUUUAUAUCCGGAGACCUAUGAGACACCUUGUAUAACUAUUAGGAUAUAGUAUAAAAAUUUGUCCAUUUUUAAGUGGAGAAAUAAUCAGAUAAGCGUAAAAAUGAUGUAGCAAUUUAAGUUCUAUAAACUUGACAUGAACCAUGACUCAGAGAAUUGAACAGAAUUUGACAAUUUUAAGUUUUUAAGUUAAACCAAAGCUGAAAUUUCUAAUUAUUUAGAAACUAGCAAAAGUUCUUUUUCAAAUUCAAGUGAGCACUUCAUGAAAGGCACAUUUUCUUCACACUGACUUCUUCUGUUUCAAUGUAGACUUGUUCGAUUGUUCAGUGUGUCCUUAUACCUAAGUUUAUUAUUUUCAUAAUAGUAAGAGAGCAACAAAUAAAUGUUACAAGCAAUAAAUUUUAUAAAUAGUAUUCUCUUAAAAUUCAACACCUCACUUUAAUUGGAAAGAAAAUGUGCCUACAGAAGUUAAAGCACAUUCUAUGAAUUUUAACCUUAGGUGCUAGAAAUAAUCCAUGACCUCCACAUUUGAAAGGGAAUAGAAAAACUCCAUGGUUUUCAUUGUAAUCCAAGGAAUAUCAGUCAUAGUUUAUUUGCAUUUCUCAAGGGCUUUCUGGGACCUCACUAUGUUACAUAAAAGUGAAUUUAGUAAUAGGAAUUUCAGACAUUAUCCCACAGAUGGGGUAUCUAUUUUGGGAUGGAGAACUUUUAAUAAAUCAUAUUACUUAGGUGGCCUCUGAUUCUACUUCUCCAUAUGGCAGACGCUGCAGGAAAAAAAAAUGAUGCCUAUAAUAUUUCUUCUUUACCACAGAACUGUCAGAAGAAACAGUAGAGAAAAGCUUAAAACUAAGCAAAAAUAAUUGUAGUUUUCAGAAGAGCAGCAAUUUUUCUGGUGUAUAUGUAGGAUAAGAGUAUCUUACCUUCCUUAAAUAGUGUUAUCUUUAUCAGUAACAUGAUAUAUUUGCCUUAACCUAGUCAAUUUCCUUUACCUGAAUUCCCUUACAUUUAAAAGCAUAAUUUUGCAAGGUAAGUUUCUAGUCUUAGGAAUGCUGCUUAAGAACCUGAAAUAGAAAGAUACUAUUAUUUCCUCCUACUAUUAAAAUCUCUAAAAUUUUCUUCAAAACUAGCAUUCUAUAUAUUCUGUGGCCUAUGUGAUCAUAAAUCCUUAUGUAACCACAGAGAAAAUAUCUUAAACAUUUAUCUUACAAUUUUGCAAAAUAGAUAAAAUAUUUUGGAAUUAAACUAAUUUCAAAAUUCACAAAUUUCUAUGAAAGAAUUUUUAGCAGUACCUACAGAUGAAAAGAAUCAUACCAUUUAGUAUCUCUGUAGAGCGUCUUUUCAAUAACAGAAUCUAAUCAUAGCUGUUUUAUAAUCUUUCCUAAUUUUUCAUAUAUUUGAUAAAUCCUGAUGUUGCUUUUCUUUCUAUUCAAACACCAGUAAUUGUUUUAUGUCACUUUGACUUUUUCUUAUAGUUUUGUUUUCUGCUUGUUUGAUUUCUCUAAAUUAUCAUAGUUAUAAUGAGACCUAGGCAAACACAGGUACAUCAUGACUAUCACUUUGGGGUGAUACGAUGUACCUAAUAUGAUUUUUUCCCAUUUUAUUCUUGAUGUAUAUUGUUGCUUACUCUUUUGUGUACACAUAUACUUUAAACAUGUGCUCUCCCCAGCAUUCUGCUUUCUCUCAUUUUACUUAUUAUGUUGACUUUACUGUUUAUGUAUGAUUUAACACAAAUAGUUACUUACACAAAUAUUUAUACAAAUAAUAAUUAUUAUCACCCACCCCACUUACACAUUAAAACAAGCCUUCAUUGGUCCUGGGAUUAUAAUUUGAAUUACAUUAUCUGUGCCAUUAAACAAUCUUGAGCCUCAAUAAUAUCUGUUCAGAAUUUUUUAAUGGCCAUUGUUCGUUGGUAAUUACAUUCUGGGGACAUGCCAACGUCUCAUGGUUUCUCAGCCACACAUAUUUGUUAAGAAUCAAAUUCAAAGGUAUUUGACUUGGUUUUUAUGAUUCAUGGCAAACCCAACCAUAAUCUUCAGCAGAUCUUUAAACUUUCUGAGCUUAUGAGCAAACUCUGUGUGUGUCUGUGUGUAUGUAUGUAUGCGUAUGUGUGUUUCUAUGUGGGUAAAUUUUUCUUGCUAGCCUAUCUGUGUUUUCAUCACUAUCAAAGUUUCAGUACCCCAAAAUGGUUAAGAAACACUGAUUAUGUGCUAGUUACAUUAAAAGAAUAUUUUUCUAUAUAAAAAUGUUGUAUUUAUUCUAUAGGCAAAAGCCAUAGAACAAUAUGUACUUUAAAAAUAUUUAUGAGGAAUUAAAAAAUCAAUUCUUAUAAUUUUUCCAAUUUAAUUAAAAUUUAAGGAUGUGAUUUUGUAAUAGCCUCCAAAAACAUUUGAAAGCACCCAAAUAAUUAAACUAGUAAAUGUUGCUUAUAAACCAGAAAGCAAAACUAUUUUCCACAUGGGCAAUAAAAAUGUUACUUUUGCAUGUAAAUAGUUGUUUAAAUGAAUUUAUUAAGUUUAUAUUAAUUAAUUCUUCUGGACAAUUUGCUACUAAAAAAGAUUAGUGUUUGAACUCUAAGAAAUACUUGUUUUUAAUGUAAUUUUUAAGUAGGUAAGAAGAAUAUAUUUCAUUAUUAAAUAGCUACCCUGUAAUACUAAUAUAAAAAGCUAUUUACCCAUUUACAUUUAACUAUUCAAUCAAUUACACAACAGUUUUAACCAUGUUCUUUAAUGAGUAGAACAAAACUAAAGGUCUUUUUAAUAGAUUAUUUCAUUUAUAUGAUGAAAUAAAAUAUCUUGGGAUUAAUAAAAGCAAUGAUGUUUUAUUUUCAUCUUAUAUAAAAUGUAGUUGAUAUCACUGAUAUAAUAAUGCUAUGGGUGAAGUUUACAGUUCAUUACAAGUUGAAUGUAUUUAAACAGUUUACAUCUUUCCUUCCUUUGUUCAAUCGUUUAAUUCAGCCAUUCCUUAUUUGCAAAUAUGAUUUGUGUAAUAUAUUUGGUAAUAACCAUACAUAUCAUGUUGAAUAUUUUUGAGGAUCAGAAAAGUAAAAAAUGUUCAAUUAUUGUUAAUAUUUUAUUUUCUCAUCAAUUAUAUAAUUUAACUUCAUUGGAUGUUGCAAAUUGUUCUGGUUCAGCCUUUAUACAUUUGAAUCAAAAUGGUCAAAGUAGUCUCUAAAUUCAGACAUUGACUUUGUUCUACAGAUUUCAAAAUGAAAGAUACAGUCAGAUAUUUAGACCAGAAUGCAUGUGAAAAUACUACAUGAAUGAAUGUAUUUGAUGCUGAUCUUGACAUAACGAUCUACAGUCCUACAGUAACUAUUCUAACUUCACAUUCUCUUUUGUGCCCACUAGUUAGAGCACAUCUCACCAAUUGACAUUGGAACUUAUCCUUUCCUAAGUUACUUUUGGUGUCUUAGGAUGACUUUUGCAAACUGAAGUUUUGAGAGUUUCUAAAGGGACUGUAAGAAUAUUCUUCUGUGGCCGAGUAUUCUACUGUGGCCGGGUGCAGUGGCUCAAGCCUGUAAUCCCAGCACUUUGGGAGGCCGAGACGGGUGGAUCAUGAGGUCAAGAGAUCGAGACCAUCCUGGUCAACAUUGUGAAACACCGUCUCUACUAAAAAUACAAAAAAAUUAGCUGGGCAUGGUGGCUCAUGCCUGUAGUCCCAGCUACUCAGGAGGCUGAGCCAGAAUUGCCUGAACCCAGGAGGCGGAGGUGGCGGUGAGCAGAUUGCGCCACUGCACUCCAGUCUGGCUAACAAAAGCGAAACUCUGUCUCAAAAAAAAAAAAAAAAAGAAUAUUCUACUGUGUGUUUACCACAUGUCCGAUUCAGGUACAGAGAAGGAAUGAGUAAAACCAGAUGCAGCUCACAGUCUCACUGCUUUGAUAUGAUGUGCAAUGAUUUUUGACAAUGAGUAAUUAACUAUUACGUCAUGAGUUCCAUCAUCACAGAAUAACCUUACGAUUCUAAAAAAAUCCCCUGGCUUAAAAUUGUAUUUAAUUGCUGCCAAUCCAAGCACCCUGACUAUGCUAAACUAUUGUUUUAGAACAAAUGAAAAGUGUAUAUCAAUUUGCCUAUUAUAAUACAAGUGGAAACUCUCAUGCAAACAAGGUUGAACUAUUUGAACAAAAAUUUAAAAAAUAGGAGAUGUGUUUUGAUACAUUGUCUUCAGUUUCUCUUACUGUAUCUGGCACAAAAACUUCCUUAGGGUGAAAUUUAUAUAGUGACAAGCAUAUACAAUAUUCUUUAGGCUGCAGCCAGAAAAAGAGACUAUAGGAGGAAUUAUGUGGUGGAGGAUAAUAAAAUAUUAGAAAUUGAAACUAUACCAUAUACAAUCAUAUAUUAUAUACGUAAUUAUCUUGAUUAUAAGCUAAAUUGUAAAAUCCCAAUAUUAUUAGUACUAUUCCUAGACACAUUCCCUUUGUUUCUUAAAUUUUUACUUUCUAAAAUUGGGAAUCACAGAAACAGAAGAUGUUUAAAUGGUCAUGCUAGGCAUUUUUUUCUGAGCUCAUAAAAGAUCAUUUGAUCAUUUAAUGUGUUCUUCUCUGUAAUAAGAUUGUAAAAAGUUCAGUGUUUCAAGGCUGCUAAACAAUGCCCGUAGAGUUGACAGUCCCAAGAAUGAUUGGAAAAUGAUGGAGUUGGAUACUAUAGGUCAUACUUUAUAAAUCCGACUGAAGGAGAACGAGAAUACUAAUGAGAGUCAACAACCAUUUCCUUACCUGCUCCCAAUUUGUAAUUCUUGGCCUGGUGGCACAUAUAUUACAAGGAGAAUAUUGUUUUCUAAUUUAUAGUCAGAAAGUCAUUGAGGUGACUAUGACUUUGUCGUUUAAAUAGUAAGCUGAUUGUCUUGUUUAAAAAUGCAUAGUGCCCCAGAAAGUUAUGUGAAUAAAAUGAUUUCUUUUAAGUAAAGUGUAGUUUUAUAAAAUAAAGUGCCAAACAGUAUAUAAAUAAAUAUUUACAGGCUCAGUAUCAAUCAAACCAGUGGUAAAAGUGAAAUUUUUCAAUGUAUGGCUUUCAUAUAAAAUAUCAUUGUGUUGGUGAUUCAGUUUAAUAGGAGUUUAUGGUAUAGGCCCAUUCAUGUCAUAUCCAAAUAAAGAAAAAACAUCCAGAGUUGUUCAUGCCAUCGAUUCCUUCAGCACAGUCUUCAAAUUUGUUUUCCCAUUACCCACUUUGAAAGAUAUUUCCAUGUAGAGGAUAAUGCAAUCCAUUCUACAUGUGAAUAAUGGGUGGCACACAGAGUCAUAAUCAUGAUCCAAAUUAGCUUUAAAAUCACAGGAGUAGGGGGAGAAAAAAGGAAUGAAGGAUUAAUUGAUUUGCUGAGAGCUCAACACAUGCUAAUUCUUGUUUUACAUUUUUCACCUAUGUCUCUCACGUGAUUCAGACCACAAAUCUGUGUGAUAAGUAUUGUUAUCCUUAUUCUACCACUGACGACACAGUGAAUUCAGAAUUCAAACUUGAAAUUCUAUUUUCUCCCUGUCAAUUUUACCCCCAGAAUUAGAUAUCCUGCAUGCCAGCUUUGAUUCUCUUAUUCAAUGAGAAAAUUACUUCCUUUUUGGCCCUCACCAUCUUUGUCUGUAUAACAAGGAGAUAAGAGAAAGAUGUUUGAUAAAAAUGUCUUCCAGUUGUAUCAUGUUUUCCUUCUUAGUGGGUAGUCCUUUGUAAGUCUACAUAGCGCUGGCUAGUGACACAUUGUGGCCACCACACAGAAAAAUAAAAUUACUGAGAAGUAAAGUAUACGUUCUAAAAAUUGGACUCUAAUCAAUGUAGUCAGUGCAACAAUUUUCUUUAAUACCAAAUUGUUUUUUAUGUAGUAAUUUGCACAGAUCUUCACAAUAAAACUGUAAGAAAAGGAGAAUGGGAUUUUUUUACAUUUCUGCAGAGGAGUAAAAAACUGAUCUUGAUCUAAACAGGUUUAGAAGUUGAUUUUAAUCCUUUAAUAAGCAAAAGACUUAAUAAACUUGAUAAAUGACAAUAUCAAUACUUUAUUUGAAAGUAACAUCAUAAAGAAACAAAGCCAAAAUAGAUUCAGUUAACAUAAAAAAGAGUUAACUUAGAAGAAAAUAAUGAAUUUCUAUCUCAAUUUCAGCUAGCAGAAAAGAGAAAAAAAAUGCAGAAAACAAUGAGAAAUUGUUAGGGUGAGUGAAAGAGGAGCAGAGGUUACUCUGAGAAACUACAACACACUUAUUAUUCAAGUGUCUGUGUCCGAUUUGAAGAUGUGAUUUUAAUAACUGUUUUGAAUAGAGUUUUGUACCCUUGUCUAAAGUAGUAAAAUUCAUAUAGAUUAAAGCUGAAUACAGGUUUUCCUCCUCAAAUCCAACUCAGUUCCAAGAUUUGAAAUUGCAGGAGCUCCUGAGAGAAAUAGAAAAAUAAAAGAGAUGAGAGAGAGAGAGAAGGGGUGAGAGAAAGGGAAGAAAGAAAAAUCUGUAACUUGAAGCCCUGUAAAGAAAAGACUUACCAAACUUUGGAUUUUAUGUCCCCUCCUUUUUAACAUAUCCAAAGUUAAAUGAUCUUAUGAGUGUAAAUCUAGUCUUCAUGAAAUUUUCCAGCUUGUCUGCCUUCUAGAUUGACAUUUCUAGUUGCUUAAGGCUUCUUCCUCAAAGCAAUGGGUAUAAAAUAUAUGAUUAUUAUUAAACAGUUAUGGAAAUACCAUCUUUAUUCCACAACUUUAUCGGGUAGAACUUGAGGGUAAAAUAUAGUUUGGAUGCUGAGUCUGCAUGUAUUGUAUUAUAUUAAGUGGUUACCAGAGAUUUAAUAACAUAGCAGAAGUAACUGAAUCUUCUGCUUUGUCUCAUACACUUGUACUUUUCUUAUUUCAAAAACUCCAGGAAGAUAAGUGUACGCAAAAAUAUAAAGUUUGUAAAAUUUUCUGCAACUUAAUCUAUUUGAUUAUUAGUUAAGUAAGCUUAACUAAAUUGAAAAUGUAUUAUAUUGCUACUUCUUUUUAACUCUCUGAAGAAUACACUUAUCUGUUUUUUUAAGUAGCUUUAACUUAGUCGUAACAGUUCAUCUUUUGUCAAUUUUAGUACGAAUAAUCAUACCUUUCAAAUAAUAAAAAUUAAUCUUUAAGUUUUUAAAAUUGCUAGUUGUAAGUGAAUUUUUCAAAGAUUUAAUUCAUACUUGCCAACACUGACUGAACAAGUAGAUAAAAUUAACUUUAUUUAACAGUCAAAUAACUUGGUGGUUUCUAGUUAGUUUAAAAGUAUCAAUUAAUUGUUUCUCACCUGUAUUUAUGUCCUUCACAGGAUAUAGUCAACUGUAGAGACUCAAUGAAAAGUAUUAUAAUACUUUUUAUGUCUGAGAAAAUAAGAUUGAUUCAUAGAAAAGUUAAAUGAAUUUGAGAUAUAGAUAUUUCUGACUGCUUAGACUUACACUCUAUGAAACACUUAAAAAACUGGCCAAGUGUAGUGGCUCACACCUGUAAUAUGAGCACUUUGGGAGGCCAAGAACUCCUGAGGUCAAAAGUUUAAGACCCUACUAAAAAUACAAAAAAAUUAGCUGGGUGUGGUGGAGCACACCUGUGGUCCUAGCUACUUGGGAGGCUGAGGUAGGAAAAUCACUUGAAUUGGGGAGUCAGAGGUUUUGGUAAGCAGAGAUUGUGUCACUGCACUCCAGCCUGGGUGACAGAGCAAGACUCUGUCUCAAAACAAAAACAAACAGCAACAACGACAACAACAACAAAAACACUUAAAAAACUGUAAACAAUUCAGUCUUGUAUUUGGAAGAAUGGUGACUUGUAAAUUUUGCUGUACAUUAGUGACAAAGCUCUCACUCGAGUAAAUAUAAUCUGAGUAAAAUAAUUUAUGUCAGGUGAAAAUCUUCCAAAUUUGCUUGGAGAAAAAGCAACAGAAGCCAAUAAGUAAUGGUGGUUCCCAUUACCCAUUUAAUUCUUUAAUAUCUUAAACUAUUAUUAAAUGCAUGCACCACCUGCACUCCCCUGACUGAUUACACUUUAGCUGAAGGAUUUCAGUUUGUAUUUACACCAUGAGAUUUGUCUACAUUCACUCUUUUCAGGGUUGAUAGAUUUUUAUUUUUUGCUUUCUUAUUCAACUCUACAGUAAAAUAAAACUUGUGAUUUUAUUUUAUGUAACAGAGCUAUCUUCAGUCAUGGUUAGAAGAAGGAUACUAGGAUAAAGGUAAAUUUUUGUCUGCCUUCAUAGCCAACUGAUAUUCGCAGGAUACUUAAAAAUAUCUCUCAAAGUCUGUUGCUCAGCCUCUCAAAUCGUUAAUUCCCUUCUAGACACUACUAGAGUUCAUGCAUGUGAUGAAAGGAAGACUAGAGGGACAAUUUCUGUAUGCAUAUCUCUGGCCCAUGCCCUUCAAUGAGACCCAAAUACUGUUUUUCGGGAUUUUUGCAAUAAAUAACAUGAGAUAACCUCAUUACAGAAUGAGGCUCAAGAUCCUUGGCCUUGAUGUUUCACAAAUAAUAUGACUUCAUUUACAAAUGAAAAAUAAAAUUAAAUAAAAAUUAAACAUAAUCAUGGCUCAACUUCCUGCCUCUAGCCCAGGUAGUAUGCUAUUACUAUUUCUUUCAUAAAAAACUGAAUUCCAACAAACAGUCUUUAAGAGGAGCUGCUAUGAGGGAAUACAAAUAAUAACCAAAUAAUAACAUAUUUUUAAAUUUUUGCCACCAGUAAAGGGCUCGCAUUUAUAUUUUUUCAUUUAAUCUGUCCAACCAAUGAUUCCACACCUGCCUAAAAGGCAUGAAAUCAGCUUUUACAGUGGGAAGACUACCACUGAACAGUUUUGUAACUCAUUACAGGAUUGACUUUGCUAUGUGUGUAUUGGUGUAUUUCUGUGCUAGUUUGUGUCAAUUCAACAAAUCUUCCCAAGCAAUGUUACUUCAAACAUUACUUGAGCAUGGCAAAAGAAAAAUAAAAUUCUGUUGAUUCAGAAUCACCUUCAAUCUCAUGUCAUAAAUUAUGUUUCUCUAGUCUUUGAUAUUGUUUUAUAUAAGCAUGAUUAGAUUGGUUGAGGAUAGACUUUGUUCUCAUGAUUUAUUGUCUAAUUAUGUAGUUUUCCCACUGUGGCUUGGGUUAAAUCUUACAAGACAAGAUGAAACUAAAAACUGUAAUGACACUUUUGUUUUCUGUACACCAUAACAAGAAAUGCUGUUGGAUUGAAUUGAAUCUUUUAUAAAGACUAGAUGUAAUCCAAAAAAUGAUCUGUAAAUGUUCUCAAGUUGUCCCCAAACUAUAUUCUAGUAAGUUUUUCAAUUGGUCCAACAGUUUUAAAAAGUUUACCUUGAGAUACCCAAAAUGGAAACAUAAUGAAUAUAUUAUCUCUAUUAUCUCAGUACAAACAAAACACUGAAGUUAUUGAUAAUUAGAUUCCCAUGUUAGCAGAAAUGGCUCAUCUAUUUUUUUAAGAAAACCAAGUAAUAAAUAAAUCUACAUUUUCAGUUUUCUGCCAGUGUCACAGAUGGCAGCCAAUUGGUUUGAUUAAAAAUCUGAUUCUUACAUGUUUGCAUAGUAAAAAAUAGGUUUUUCAGAGAAAAUUAUUAUACUUCCCACUAUGAUCCACAUAAAGUUGAAGAUUAUGUUUGAAUUUGAAAAACAAAUCCAAUUAAUUAAAACUAGCUACCAUACAAAUGUAUCUUUUGCUAUUGAAGGUGUGAUUUCUGUUGUGACUUUUCAUUAAUCUAGUUUUGUAAAAAUCAGACUUCCUAUAAGCCAAUUGAAAACCUCUACAUUUUACUAUAUGUGUUCAUGGACUUAAUUUCAUCAAAAAUACCAAUAUUCUCUGUGCCCUAACAAGUGUAAUUGCACUGAUCUUGUAGUCAACGUUUACUGAUUGAAAUGUGUAUAUACAAAAAUUAUGUAAAAACUGAUUAGGUGUUUCUUCAUUAGAUAGUACAACCAGUUAUUGUAAACCUUUGUCCUGUAUUUUUUAAAGUCUGCAACAUGGUGAACUAG